AUGACGUAUGAAACAAGUUUUUGGUUCUCAGUUUUUCUCUCGACCGUUAUCAAUAACAGCUUUGCACAACUUCCAGUUCCAACGAAAUUUACAUCAGUAGAGAAUCAAAGUGUGGUUUCAGAAUCUAACUCAGAUUUAAAUAAUAAUAAUCACAGUAUUUCCACUAUUAAUCAAAAUAAUAUUGCAACGAGUAUGCCAAGUACUACUAAAAGAAAUGAAUGGUGGCCGCCAAGUGACCAAGAAAUUACACAAACAUCUCCUUAUUCUACCGAAAUAAAGCAGCAAGAACCAGCUUCAUAUUAUAUCUCUGUACAAUCACCUUCUCUUGCAUUACCGCAUUAUCGCAGUGAAGCUUGGAGUCAUUAUGGUUAUCCAGAAUAUGUAUAUCCAAUUUUACCAUCAGGUUCUAUGAUGACAACAAAGCGUAAAGAUGCAAUGACUGAUGUAUUAACCUCUAGAAAAAGGAGAGAAUUAUUCCAAUCUAUUGACAUUGACCAUAUGACACCAGAGCAGCAGGAUAUUUUUAACAAUGACUCAAAAGUAAGAUGUAUUCAAAGAACAAUAUGUUAUGAAAAUCGAUUGUUAUCGGAAGAUUUCGGAGCUGGAGGGAUAAAAAUAGCAAAAUAUUUAACGCGAUAUGUUAAAAAUUCACUAAAACAUGCACCUGGUUGGGAUCGACUUAUUGAUGAUGCAGGAGCAGCAGGACUUCGUGGUGAAGAUUGCAAUGUACUUUAUCGUGAUUGUUUCAUCCCAGUUAUUUCAAAAUUUCAUAAGUAAUUUCCUGUAUUCAAAGGAAUUGCAACUGAAGGAAAAUUAUCUUACGUAGUAAAUGACAACCAUGUGAUUUAAAUAGUAAUUUUUUUUUCAUUUAAUUAUAAUAUACUGUAUUUUUAUUCACUACAAACAUCCAGCCCGUACUAUUUUCAAAUCACUUUAUUCUUUUCUAUUUCAUGUAGUCUUUUCUCUUCAAAAGUGUCUUUUUAGAAUGUUAGAUAUCA